AUGGGCCCCACCAGUCGCCGCGACCUCAUUUUCUUCCAAAGGCAGGACAUUCGAGCAGUCCUCAGAAUGGAAGAGAGCACCAUAUCCGCCGAGAUAUGGAACAUGUACGAUAUGUUUGAGCCCGUGCCCGACUUCACCGCUCCUACAUUGGAGCAGAUAGACCGGAUGGCUCGGUGGAUUGAGGAGCAGAUCGAAAACUACGAGCGACCUGUCGUAGUUACCUGCCACGCUGGCAUCGGCAGGACAGGGACUAUGCUGGCCGCAUAUAUGGUCUACAUGGGCUACGAGCCACAGGCAGCCAUUGACCACGUCAGGGAGCAGCGACCCGGGUCUAUCGAGACCCCGGAGCAGCAGCAGGCGGUCUUCGACUACGCCGAACACCGGAGAGUACCGGUGGGGCCCGUGUUCGGGGAAGCUAGACACAAACGUGGCAAAUGA